AUGGGAGAGGAGCAUCCGAGGAAGCGGUCCCGACAAAAUUUCGAAGCGGAAGGGAGACACGUACCUUUGUCGGGGUCACCUCAAUGCGAAACGUCAAAGUGGUAUUUCAGCAAGGAAGAGAUUGAGCGUUUUUCUCCAUCUAGAAAGGAUGGGAUUGACUUGGUGAAGGAGUCGUUUUUACGGUCUUCGUAUUGCACCUUCUUGCAAAGACUUGGCAUGAAGCUCAAUGUGUCCCAGGUCACAGUAGGGUGUGCAAUGGUGAUGUGCCAUCGGUUUUACAUGCGCCAAUCUCAUGCAAAAAAUGACUGGCAGACAAUAGCAACUGCCAGUCUGUUCCUCGCUUGCAAAGCAGAAGAUGAGCCAUGUCAACUGUCCAGUGUCAUUGUUUCGUCUUAUGAAAUAAUCUAUGAGUGGGAUCCUUCUGCCUCAAUGAGAAUCCAUCAAACUGAAUAUUACCAUGAAUUUAAAGAAUUCAUUUUGGCCGGGGAGAGACUUCUGCUGGAUACGAGUGCUUUCCAUCUUCUUGACAUUGAACUUCCCUACAAACCUCUGGCUGCGGCUUUGAAUAGGCUGAACACUUGGCCUGACCUUGCCACAGCUGCAUGGAAUUUUGUGCAUGAUUGGCUUCGAACGACGUUAUGCUUGCAGUACAGACCCCAUGUUAUUGCAACUGCCACUGUGCACCUAGCUACCACGUUUCAGAACGCGAAAGUAGGCAGCAGGAGAGAUUGGUGGUUGGAGUUUGGAGUAACAACUAAGCAAUUAAAAGAGGUGAUUCAGGAGAUGUGCAAACUGAUAGAAGUGGACAGAAGGAGGGCUAUGCCGCCGCCAAGAAGAGAGUUAGCUUGGACAAUACCUACAGCCAUAAAGCCGGUCCACAUGGCUAGACCCUAUCCGUUUCACGGCUACCCUUUGCAGUUCCAUAGACAGCCUGGCAUCUGGUGA